AUGGCUAUCAGAGGCGUGGAUUUCAAGUGGUUGGUUCUCUCACAAUUGUACGAUGGCUUUUUUUUGUCCAUGCUCGCCACUAGUGUGUAUCCUUUCACUAUUCAGUUGCUGGAUUUACCUAAUUUAGCUGCUGUCGACUACACUACUGUGUUUGUUUUCCGUCUCUUGAUGUUUGUUGAUAACGGGCUUGCUGCGGGAAUGGGUUUGUUAGCCAUAUCUAAGUUAGCCAUAUCUAAAAUUAGAUCAAAUGAUGUUGAAAUUCAUUAUAUACUGGAACUAAUUCAAUUAUGGCCCCCCUUGUAUGUUUCUAGAGAUUUUGGGUGGCAGCAGAGAUAUGCUCGUUUCUGUGGAAGAGUAGUUGUCCUUUCAAUCCUUGUGUUGCUUCUCUAUCCAUUUCUGUGGGCUUGGACUGUAAUUGGUACCCUGUGGUUCAGCAGUGCAAAGAGCUGUUUGCCUGAAAAUGGUCAAAAAUGGGGCUUUCUCAUUUGGCUACUUUUUAGCUACUGUGGACUCCUUUGCAUUGCUUGCAUGUCUCUGGGGAAGUGGUUGACACGAAGACAAGCACAUCUAUUGCGUGCUCAACAGGGUAUCCCUGUAUCUGAAUAUGGGGUUGUGGUUGACAUGGUCCGAGUGCCUGAUUGGGCAUUUGAAGCUGCUGGUCAAGAAACAAGGGGCAUGGGACAAGAUGCUGCUGCAUAUCAUCCAGGACUUUACCUAACUCCAGCUCAGAGAGAAGCAGUUGAAGCUUUAAUUCAGGAACUCCCAAAGUUCAGGUUAAAGGCUGUUCCUACUGAUUGCAGUGAAUGUCCCAUCUGCUUAGAAGAGUUCUAUGUAGGGAAUGAGGUUCGAGGCCUCCCUUGUGCUCACAAUUUUCAUGUUGAAUGCAUCGAUGAGUGGCUUAGGUUGAAUGUGAAAUGUCCUCGGUGCCGGUGCUCAGUAUUCCCAAACCUUGAUCUUAGUGCCCUGUCCAAUCUCCGUGCUGAGCCUGAACGAUCUUCUGUCAGUCUUGUGACAACAACCAGAUACGUGAGAGGUCAACCAUCUAGUCAAAGUUACCGGUUAAGAUUGCAGGGUCUUCUUCGUCCUGUCCGUGCUGAAAUUGCCGGGCCUGUUGGUGGUGACAUGGAUAAUUCGUUGGAAAAUGAUGAGAACGAUUUUGUAUCAAUUAUGACUCAUAAUACAUCAUCCGAAGACCAUGUCUCUUCUGUCGAAUGCGUGCCUGUUACUGUGAGACAUUCCUCUGCACAAAGUUAG